ACUGUAUCAAUGUGUCUUUGUAUCAGUGUGUGUGUGUGUGUGUGUGUGUGUGUAUUUCAGUGUGUAUGUGAGUGUGUACACGUUUGUGUAUCUGUGUGUAAAGAUGAGUGUGGGCAGGGCAGACUCGCACGUUUCACCUCCGCGCAGCCUGGACCUCAAACACAACCACAACUCAGAUAAACUACAAUACGACCAAACCAGCGCCAAACCCCCUGACCUCAAACAGGAAAUCAGCAUGACAGAGAGGAGGAAGAGGGUGACAAACACACUUCAGAGUCCGGUAUUUAAGGAUGAGUUGGAGUGUUUAGUAAAAGAACAGAGUGCCAAGGGCAGCGGGAUAUUCACACUGAACCACAUCGCUGACCUCAUCAUCAACAACACUCUCACACACACAUCAGCAUGCAGCCCCAACGGUGUUGGUUCUGUUAGUCCAGUGAAUGAUGUGUGUGGGCUGGACUGGAUCUCUAAAGCUGAGAGGCAGAACCGCUGCAAACUGGCCAGUCUUUACCGCCUGCUGGACCUGUACGGAUACACUCACUGCACCAGUGGAUAUAUUACUGUGCGGGUGUGUAGAGAGCAGGAUCAUGUUUUAAUUCUUCCACGGGGUCUGUCCUUCUCUGAAGCAACAGCAGCCAGUCUGAUGAAGGUGAAUCUGAUUGGUCAUGUGGUGGAGCACGGCUCGAUGGGAUUCGCUGUUGAUGACGCAGCAUUUAAACUCCAUGCUGCUGUUUACUCCGCUCGCCCUGAUGCAAAGUGUGUUAUACACAUACACACACCUGCUACUGCCGCUAUUUCAUCUAUGAAAUGUGGCAUUCUGCCAAUUUCCCAUGAGGCUUUGCUGUUGGGGGAGGUGUCCUACUUCACGUACCACGGUGAUGUGGAUGAUGGACAAGAGAGGGUGGAGCUUCAGAAGGCCUUGGGUCCGACCACCAAGGUGUUAGUGUUGAGGAAUCAUGGUCUGCUGGCAUUCGGAGAAACAAUUGAAGAGGCUUUUCAUUACGCAUACCACAGCCAGCAAGCGUGUGAAAUACAGGUGUGUGCUGUGCUGUGUGCAGGCGGUGUGGAUAACCUGUGUGUGUUGGACAAAGAGUCAGUAAAGGUGUCCCCGUCAGCGAGUGGAGAGACAGAGGAUGGAGAGGUCAGAUGGAGGGUGGGGGAGGCAGAGUUUGAGUCUCUAAUGAGGAUGAUGGACAACCUAGGUUACCGCACAGGUUAUGCCUACCGCCAUCCCAUAGUUAAAGUGAAACCCCAUCACCAUAAUGAUGUGGAGAUCCCAGCAACCGUUACCGGGGUGGGGCAGGACGAACAGGAACCAUUUCCAUGGAAUGGUGUCCCGCUGCAGGGUGUGAGGAGGGACCGGGGGAGGAUGCUGUGGCUCAACUCACCAAACAGCUACACCAAGAUCCAGGACAACACGUGGACGGGCGGCUGUAAGGGGACCCCCAUCAGAAUUGAGGACCCCAACCAGUUUGUUCCAUUAAACACAGACCCAGCAGAGGUGCUGCAGAAACGGAACAAGAUCCGGGAGCAGAACAGGGUGGACCUGAUGACCUCAGGACCAAAGUCUCAGCUAUUGGCUGACAUUGUUAUAGACACACCCCCAGGACCUGCCUUCAUCUAUGAGGAUGAGGAGGAGGUGGCCGCCCUGCCACCAAAUCCCUUCAGCCAAUCAGAGUCUGAGUUGCAGGAGUACACCCAGACCGUAGAAAACAAACUCAACCAGUCAGAGGCUGAUGACGCCACUGAUUUUGAUGAAACGACAACGACGACAUACGGCUCGACCGUCUCGCUCUCCUUCUCCCCACUGAAGAGUCCAGAGAGAGGAGACGUGCUGUCCGCUCUGCUGCAGAGUGAGCAGGACGAUGAUGACAUCACUCUGGAGGUCACGGAGGUCAGCGUCACUAAAGAGAUGGAGGUGUCCAUAACAACCACGGUUGCCGAAAACAUCCCUGAUACGGAGACAUCUGACAGCCAAUCAAAGAGCCCUAAAAAAAGAAAAAAUAAAUUUCGCACUCCCUCCUUCCUCAAAAUGAGUACAAAGAAAGACAGAGGAAAGGGAAAAGAGAAAGAAAAAGAGAAAGAUAAAGAGAGAGAAAAAGGAAAACAGAAAGAUAAAGAGAGAGAGAAAGGAAAACAGAAAGAUAAAGAGAUAGAGAAAGGAAAAGAGAAAGAUAAAGAGAGAGAGAAAGGAAAACAGAAAGAUAAAGAGAUAGAGAAAGGAAAAGAGAAAGAUAAAGAGAGAGAGAAAGGAAAACAGAAAGAUAAAGAGAAAGACACAGAGAAAGAGGUAGAGAAAGAUGUAAAGAAAGAGAAAGGAAAAGAGAAAGAUAAAGAGGUAGAGAAGGAGAGAGAGGUAGAGAAAGAGAAAAUGACUGAAAGGGAAAAUGAGAAGGAAGAGGAGAAAGAAAAGGAUAAAGAGGUGUGAGAUGUUUGUGGGUGGUGAGAGAUUAUAAGUAGUGUAGUUUAAAAGGCUCCAUAUAAAUUAUACUCUCCUUUAUCUCCUUUAUAUGAUUUAGAGAUCUCAUAAUAAUACAAAAGACUGUGUUUUUGUGUGUGUGUUUAUUUACACACUCAAUCACAAACUCUGUUUAGUGCUGUGUAGUUUAGCUUUCUUUUGCUAUGUCCAAUAUAUUUGUGGUGUUUAUAGGAUUUAGAAAAAAAUUGGGAGUAUUUAGGAGAAUGUAAGGUAUUCAGGGAUAUUUGUAGUAUUUGGGAGUAUUUGGUACAUUUUGUGUAAUAGAGGAGUAUUUGUGAUAUUUAGUAAAAUUUUGUACAUUUUGGGGUAUUUGAGAUAUUUGGGGAUUAUCAGAAUUAUCAGAUAAUUCAAAAUAACAAUAAUUACAGCACUCUGUCUGUCACCUGUGUACAGUAUUACAGUGUUAUUGUUACAGGGUGUUACAGAGUGUUAUUGUUACAGGGUUAUACAGAGUGUUAUUGGUACAGGGUGAUACAGAGUGUUAUUGGUACAGUGUGAUACAGAGUGUUUUUGUUACAGGGUGAUACAGAGUUUUAGUGUUACAGAAUAUUAGUGUUAAAUGGUGAUACAGAUUGGUGCAUAUAAAGUAUAAGCUGGUGCUUAAAAAAGGUGUGUGUACAUUUUUCUGUAAUACAUGCUGUCCAGUCACAUUAAACACUAUAUUAAUGACUCAUUAAAUAUAGCCUCAGCUUAUGUGUCUUACCAGUCCCAAUUAGAACACUGAAUGAGCUAUUAUGUUGUCUAAAAUGAUUUGCAGAAUGUUGGAAUACUACUACAACCGCUACUAUUGCUAAUAAUAAUAACAAGAAGAAGAAGAAUUAGGAAUCACAAAUGACUGCUACACACUAAGGUUUAUAAAUAUAAGGUAGCUUCAGGAUGACAAAAAUGUAAAUACCAUUUUAUUUACAAAUUGUUGUAUAUGUUGGAUUUUUUUGUAUUUUCUGUUCUGUACAUAUAGGAAAAUCUAGGUUUAAAUACUUCUGUGACUGUAUACCUUGUCAUCCCUUAAAAGCUCCCUCUGGGAUCAAUCAAGUAUCUAUCUAUCUAUCUAUCUAUCUAUCUAUCUAUCUAUCUAUCUAUCUAUCGGGUAUGGGAAAUGUAAUAUACAUUUGUUCAUUGUAUAUUGUAAAAUGUGAAAAGUCAAUAAAUAAGGGUAAAAACCA